CGGACGCUCCACCUCUUACACAAUCACUCUAGAGAGAGAGCGAGAAACAGAGGAGAUAUUCACCAGAACCCAGAUCUAUGAAUGACAUUCUUGAAUUUGCAGAGUUAACAAUGGAGAAUAACAACAACAAUCCACCAGCUGGGUUGUUGUUAAGAAGUGACGAUGAGAAGGACCCUUGGCUCAAGAACAAGGCCAAGAAGAAGGAGAAGAACCAGGUGUUUCUUGAAGGGUACGUAGAGGCAGCAGAUGAGGAUGAUCUUACGAGGACGAAGAGCUUGACUGAUGAGGAUUUGGAGGAGCUCAAGGGCUGUUUGGAUCUAGGGUUUGGGUUCAGCUACGAUGAAAUCCCUGAACUCUGUAACACUUUGCCUGCUCUCGAGCUUUGCUAUUCCAUGAGCCAGAGGUUUCUCGAUGACCAGCAGAAGUCGCCGGAGUCUCCGUCCUCCGCCUCCGCUGCCGCCGAGACGUGUUCGCCGGCCUCCGGUCCGAUUGCCAACUGGAAGAUCUCUAGUCCUGGUGACCAUCCCGAAGACGUCAAAGCCAGGCUCAAAUAUUGGGCACAAGCUGUGGCAUGCACUGUCAGAUUGUGCAGCUAGCUAGAAGAAAAUCAUCGGUUGGGAAGUAGAAAUGCAUUGGCAUUUUCUUCUGCUCGUGGACUUUAUACCAGCCUGGACUUUCAUGGAGAGCUAGCUUUCUUUGUGGCUUGUGCUCCGUUGGCCUCAUCUGCUUGCUUAGAGUAACAACAAGAGUUCCUUCUGCUCUUUACCUGGAGAUGGACAUGCCAGUCUUGUCUGUCAGUGAUGGAGAAAGAGGAAGAGGAGGGUGAUCAUUUUAGGUCUGAGAUUAACCAAAAGAAACCGAUAAGAGUCUGAGAUAAUUCACCUGAGGCUCUGAUUAUCAAAAUAAAAUUAGUAAUGAUUCAUUUGAGGCUCGUAUAAUGUAUGAUUAAUUGUAUCGAUCGACUAUUGAGAAUAAAUUUAUGAAUGAUAUGAAUAAAA